CUGACUGCUGUGGAAAUCCAAGAGACCUGCACCAUGAAGAUAAAUCUUCUGCUGAGCCUGGGGCUGGUUCUAGUUUCUGCCCUCCAUGCCCACCAGACUGCAUCUGAUAAAAAAGCAAUAGAUAUGCAAAAGCUUUCAGGAAAGUGGCAUUCAAUUUACUUGGCUUCAAGUGAAAAGAAGCGGAUAGAGAAUGGAGGUGACAUGAGGUUUUCCAUAGACAGUAUUGAAGUGGGUGAGCAUGAAGUCACAUUCAACUUGUACUUCCGGAAAGAUGGAAAAUGUUACCCAUAUGCAAUGGUUGCUCAUAAAACAGAAAAUAAUAAUGAGCUAAAAGUGGAUUAUGAAGGGGAAAAUAUUGUCUACAUGGAGGAAGCUAAUGCAGAAAGCUUUGUUAUAUUUUGUACAUAUAACUUUCAGAAUGGGACAGAGACCAAGAUGUUGGAGCUUUAUGGACGGAGCAAAAUCAUGAACGAAAAUGUCAAAGGAUUAUUUAAGGACAUUUGCAAAAAAUAUGGAGUCGAAAAGGAUAAUGUCAUUGACAUGACCAAGGAAGAUGAAUGCUACAAAGAUAAAUAGGAGAGUAAUCGUCAGGCAACAGGAACACCCAAGAUGUACUUCUCUGACCUACUGGAAUCUGCCCUGGCUUCAGAAGAAUCAUCUUUCAGUUCGCAGAUAAUCAAAUAGUCUAUAUGACUUCUAGUCUCUCACUCUUCCUCCUCAGGGUCAUCCAUCCUUCUUUCUCUACCUUG